UUAUAAGGUGGAAUCAAUGGCAUUAUGGAGGGGCCUCAGAAAUCUUAGAUCUCACUUUUCAGUGUAAUCCUGAAAUGUAAUCCCAUUUUAAUCCUGACAGCAUAGGGAGGGUUUAAUUAGUGCACAUUAGCUUCACUAGGCCGGCUCAUGAAAAGUGUGUGAGCUGCAUCAGGCUGGAUUCUGUCCCACCAGCAUGCUGAGGAGGGAAUGCAAACAGAAACCCUCCUGGCUGCUCACAUGAUGAGGGCAGAGCAGAGGAGGAGUGUGGGACACUGGGACAGCGAUGGGAAACAUCAUGAAGUUCAUUUUUCUGAUAACGCCGCAGCGCUCCAGCUUCCCUUUGAUCGCUGUGUGAGGGGUGUCCACUUCUCUGCGGUAACUAAACUUUGUUCUACAUCUAAACUACACAGACUGUUAUUUUUCUGAAUGUACUGUAAUUAACUGUAAGAUCUGAAUGCGAGACUUAGAAUUCCAACAGAGAACAAACCAAAAACAAAAAUCAGGCAAAGGAUGUAGAACAGAAGAUUAAAAAAGUACCCAAAAUAACCUGACCUUUGUAAGGGGGAUAACUGACAGUUUUAUUCAAAAUCCAGAUUUUUAAUAAAAACUUACAAUUAUUUUAGUAGAGUGUUUAUUUGGUAAGAAGAACCUCUAUAAGGAUAAAAGGUUUUUAAAAAGUUUAACCAUUUGUAACAGUUUAGUUUCUUAAAAACUACAAAACGAGAAUAUCAGGUUUUCUGAGCAAACCUCAGGGUAUUAAAAUGUAACUUUAAUAAGUUCUUAAUGACAAAUUUAAAAGCCAAAAGAGCUUUUUUCUUGUUUUACCUUAAGUUUGAAAAAAACGAUGAUAGAUUCAAAACAUUUAUUGUCAUUUCUGAAAGUAUUUAAAACAAAUGUGAAGUAUAUCUUCCCAUAAAAAGGUGAACUGUCAUUUGUGCCCUACAAUACAUGUUCUGAAAUAUGUUACUGAGUUAAAAAAAAGCUUAUUUUUUUUAUCAUAUUACUCUUGCCGAAUCUAAACUUGAGGCAGUGCUGAGAUCUUGUGCCACCAAAUUCUGAAAAUGUGUUAAUUUCUGCCAAAACAUGCACUGCAAUCCUGCAUCACAGUCAGCUUGUGUGCAUAUAGACCCACCACUGCUGGAAAAAUGCUGCAAUCUUCAAUGUUCUGUGCUCUAAACUCAUCAACUGAGUCCUACUCUGAAGAUACCAGUUAAAUCCCAAACAAAAGGCUGCAGAGCGUGAGAAAAUAGACAUGAUUUUUCGAUUAACAUGUUCAGUAGACAUAGACAGCACAACACAGGCAGAAACAAUGGACCAAAGACACGGACAGUGGACACAAAAACACAUUGUUGGCACAAACAAAACCCAAUAAAGAUAUUCCUAAAUAAUCUUUGUAUGUCGACUGUUGCCUAUUUGGGCUUUGAUAGCAGAAUUAACUACAGUACUGUGGUUAUACAACCCAAAAUGUGAUGUCCAUGCAUGUAGGCCCCAGGGUCUUUACAGGUCCAAACCAGGGAUGUCAAACUCAAAUUCAUAGUGGGCCAAAAUUAAGCAGUGAAGUAAAGUCACGGGCCAAACACAAUAUUUAUUGAAAAAUUAACUCCAACUGAUACGAAAUGUUUAACCUUUUCAUUUAGUGUCUUCUUAUGUUGUAUUCUUUUGUUGCAAUCACGUUAGCUCCGCACACAAGACAAACAGGUCUGUCUUUAUAUUCGUGAACAGGUAAUCUGCCUUCCCCUGUCUUGAAAGCUCCUGUUGUCCAUCUUUUAUUUGGCCAUUUUUGUGGAGAGUGAAAUUAAUUUGCCAGAUGUGACUGGAGCAAUGACGUCAACAGAAAAAAAGGAGUGCUUGCCCUUUUCCGUCUGCACGCCAACGUACUAGCAAAGCAUUUUGGAAUUUGUAGUAUUAGAAGUACAGUAUAUACCGCGGGCCAGCUCUAAUGCACAUUUGAUGAGAUUUGCAGGCCAAUUAUAAUUACACUGCGGGUCAAUGGGCCUGAGUUAGACACAUAUGGUCCAAACCCUCUCAGUCUGCUUACCUGCAUUUAUUUCCAAAACAUCUAACAUUGACCUGUUCAUCUGCUGGAUUUAUUCCUGAUCUCAUCCAUCCUUAACUCUCCCAAAGAGAAUCUCAACUUCAUCUCUGCUACCUCUGCCUUCUGUUUCUUUCUCAGUCAUGCACUGUCUCACCAGAGUCUUCGACACUUUUCAUAUCAUUCUUGCUGACAUUCUUUUAUUAAUUUGUCACACAUCACCCCUGAAACCUUCCUCCAUUUGCUCCAACCUCGUUGCCCAUGCCUCUUCACCUUUUUUUCCACACUCUGGACUGUUGACCUAAAGUAAGUCCUCCACCUUCUUCACCUUUACUCCCUGUAGGCUGUAGCCUCAUUGUUCCACUCGACUUCCUCUCGUUUACUCAUAGAUACUCUGUCUUGUUGUGAUUUACUAUCAUUUCUCUCCAUUCCAGAUCAAACCUUCACCUCUCUAACUGCUCCUCCGCCUGCUCCCUGUUCUCACUACAGAUCCCAAUGUCAUCUGGAGUGCUCAGUUGUACAAUUUUGUUUACAUUAUCUCUGCUGUUCAUUUAGAAAUUGUGUUUUUAAGAUCAUUUUUAAGUGUGUCUUAUAAAGCUAACUUGAUGUGUGUUGUGCUUAUAGUUGUAGGCAUGUGGGUCCCGAACUGUUGCAUGCUGGGAGCGAGCUUGCUGCUGCUAUUGUGCCAGAUUGCCAUCAGUCAGCUGUGCAAGUCCCUCAUCACCAUGGUGGACGGGUUCCACACACUCUUUAUCCUCCUUCACAUGGUGCUUCCUCUUCCUCAAAAUACAAACAUUAAACCUCCAUUGUCCCCUUUGGAUUUUUCUACCUCUCCACCAUCCAUCCCCCUUUCUUUCACUGCCAUUGCUCACACAUCAUGUGCAGAGUCACCUGUCAAUACUCUGAUCGCAGAGUCAUCUUUGUCAGAUCAGGGCAACCAGAAAGCGUCUUUUAUCAACACACACCUAUCCCGAUCCCCCAAAGCUUUGCAGACAUCUACAAACUGCAGUCUGUCCUACACCAACAGCAGGAUACAAGCUGUGGGCAGGUUUGUUUCCUCUCUCCUCCUGGUGUCUCUGUGCAUUUCCUACUUCAUGGAAAUCAUCAGCUUUAUUUUGGAACCACACCCAGUGCAGCACCCCCUGCUGCCCGUAGUGAUCGGGGCUGUCAGUCUGCUCUGUAAGCUGACGGUGUUCGUGCUGAACUGGACUCAGGACCACUGGGCCCAGAGAAACAGGAAAGCAGAGACUGAGUCCCACCUGGAAAUAAAUCACAACGUCUUGGCUGAGGGGGACUCCACAAACACACAGAAGUCUGAAGAGGGUGUCCCAUCAGGAGAUCGUUUUGCUGUCCAAGCGCCGUUCCAUGAUGGAGCGCUGGUCCUCUGUAAUCCAAUGACCUCCAGCCUUCCUGAUAGUGACUGUAAAACUGCACAGAAGCAACUAGAAAACAUGUGUGAAGAGCAGAUUCCUUCAGCAGACAAUAGCCAUCAAACCACAUCAGCCUGUAAAUCAUUUCCAUAUUUGGAGCCAUCUGUGUCGAGAAGCCAGUGGCCAGUCUGCCACCUGUCCUUCAUCUUCAUGACUGAGGGAUUGUUCACAUCUCUUCUGGCUUUGAUCAACAGCCUGGUGACUCUGCUGAUCUUGCCACAGCACCUGCACAGUUCUGGCGCCUGCAACGUCCUGGUGUACCUGGACCCCAGCCUCUCCCUGCUGGCUGUGAUCACGAUGAUUGCCACAGCUGUGCCACAGCUGUACAGGUUGGGGCUCCUGCUGCUCCAGGCUUCCCCUCCACACAUUUCUGUGACUGACCUGGCUCGCAGGCUGGCGAGCGUGCCAGGAGUUCAGGCGGUGCACGACCUGCACAUCUGGCAGUUGAAUGAAAGGCUUGUGGUGGCUUCAGUCCAUGUGCACUGCUCCUCUGGCUUUCGAGUUCAUAGGUGUGGUGACCUUUUGUCAGGGGUCUCAAAGGUGUUGAAGGGUGUAGGAGUGAGCUGCUGCACUGUUCAGCCGGAGUUCAUUUCCUGUCCUGCAGCCCCCUUCAACAGCCUUGGUGACGCCUCCCCCAUCAUCCACAGAGAGGACCCAUCCCCACGCGCCCGUCCCGCCUGCAGCCUUGCCUGUGGAAAGGCCUGUGCUGGGAGCAUGUGUUGCUCUCCUCCUAAAGAGGAGGUCCAGGGUGUGCUGAGACCACCAACUGGAGAAACAAAUGAAGAGCCUUCAACUCUGGUUCUGGAGAACACAUGCCUCUAAAUGUGAGAAUGAUGUUUUCCAUUGAGAUACUGUGAAAAGGUUCUCUUGUGCUACUUCAAAGAUGUGUUUGCUAUAUUAUCUGAGAUUCUAUAUUUGCUUGUAUGAAUGUAGCCUCAUUUACAAGUUUUAUCUGCACAACUGUACUCAAAUAAAAUACAAUAAAAUUUACUUUAAAAAGGGAAA